AUGAUUUCCCAACUUGCGUACCUGCCGUAUAACGUGCCCGUGCUCAUCGCCGCAGCAAGCGCUCUCCUGAUCUUGUAUUAUUUACUCGGGGCUCUUGGUCCUUUGCGGGAUAUCAAAGGCCCAACACUCGCUCGGUACACUCGCCUAUGGGAGUUGUACAAGAAUUGGCAAGGCCAAUUUGAACAUGUUACGGUCGCUCUUCACAAACAAUAUGGUAGCUUUAUUUUACCCAACAUGGAAUGUCCUAUCGUCCGGCUAGCCCCAAAUCGCUACAGCAUUAGCGAUCCGGCGGCAAUUCGUGCUAUAUACGGCCCCGGCACAAAGUUCAGCAAAUCCGAUUAUUAUCAUCCCUUUGGCACGCCUUCUAUGGACCACAAAGAUAAAAAGAUCUCCAAUAUGUACGCCAUGAGCUCUUUGAUAUCUUACGAGCCGUUUGUGGAUAAAGUGAGCAGCGAAUUUAUGGCGACGUUGGCCGACCAUGCUCAGCAAGGGCGUGCAUUUGAUUUGUUCACCUGGAUGCAGUUUUACGCAUUCGAUGUGAUUGGUGAGAUCACCUUAGGGCGAUCGUUUGGCCUGAUCGAAGCGGGCCAUGACAAGGACGGACUUCUACAUGCUGUUCAUGUCGGUUCGAUAAGCUAUGGCUCCAUGGUCGGAUUAGUCUCUGAGAUUCAUCCAUGGUACCUCUGGUUCCAGAACGUCUUCCCCAUCAAAAGCCAUUGGGAAAUUACACAACGAGUUAUACGUAAGGAGAUUGGUGCCAGAAUGCAGAACGCCAGUUCCAGUGAUCGCAAGGACUUCCUAGCAAAGUGUAUCGAAUUGAGCAAAGUCGGCAAGCUUGAUCAGUUCACAAUCAACAAUGUGCUUGGUAGCAACAUUGGAGCUGGAUCUGACACGACUGGUAUCAGCAUGACUGCUGUCAUCUAUUUCCUCAUGAAACAUCCAGCUUGCUUGCAAAAACUUCGUGAUGAAAUUGACGCGGCCACUCAGCAGGGAAACCUUUCUGACCCCGUUACAUUCCAAGAAGCACAAAAGCUUUCCUACUUGCAAGCUACCAUCAAAGAAGCCUUGAGGCUGCAUGCGGCGGUUGGCCAGAUUCUCAGCAGAGUUGUUCCUGAGGGCGGCGCGCAGAUCGCUGGUCGACACUUCCCACAAGGUACCGUGUUGGGUGUGAAUGCUUGGGUAAUCCAUAGCGAUGAAAACAUCUGGGGCAAAGAUGUCCACGAGUUUCGACCAGAGCGUUGGUUGGUUGGCAAAGAGCAAGUUGCCUUCUUGGAUCAACAUUUCUUGGCAUUUGGUGCCGGUGCAAGAACCUGCAUAGGCAAGAACAUUUCGCUCCUCGAAAUGACGAAACUUCUACCGCAACUGGUGCAACGAUUUGAUUUUGUCCCCGCAGGCGAUAGUCAGUGGACGACUAGUAGUGGGUGGUUUGUGAAGCAAAAUAUCCAAGUUAGAGUCAUUGACAGAAAACGUGAGACUGGUCAAAUCGUCUCGUAG